GCCGACGCUUACACCCAAGUCAAUGUCGCCUCUCCCUUCAUUACAAAAACAUUGACCCUAUCGUCUUCCCUGGCCAGUACGACAAGUCCCAUCUGAAUUCGUUCUUCGGCUUGGAUGCCGUGACGAUCAACACGACGACCAGCGCUGAGCUGCAGAAGGGCUGCGCCAACGUCCAGAACCCCAACGACCUGUCAGUGUACUGGGUGCAUACAUUGCUGUACCAGAAGGCCGACUCGUGGGAACCCGUGCCCCGUCAUACGCCUCAGCGCCUACUGCAGCCUGGGCGACACCAAAACCGAGGUGCCCAUUCCUCAGAACCUCAAGAUGCUGGCCGACAAAGCAACCGCCACAGCGGCCGCUGCCAUGCCCGCCGAAGACCAUAGCGAGUGGUUCUGUGAGGGCAGCAGCGGCGGCACGGCGGAAACGUACGGCUUUCCUAGCAGCACGUGCGCUACGCACCUGCAGCAACGGCUGUACUUCCCUAAGUGCGUCAACACCGACACUCUGGAGACGGCGUACAAGGCCGGUCAGCCGGGCAACUGCAAAGCCUGCCUGGCCGGCAUGAAGGCGAUGCCCCAGCUGCGCUUCAGCAUCCUCUACGACCUUUGAAGGUGCUGCCCGACGGCUGGAGCGGCACUGCGCCGGUGCAGCUGUCCUGUGGUAACGCCUUCUGCGGCCACGGAGACUUCAUCAAUGGUUGGACGGUGGAUGCGGCGCAGAGUAUGGUUGAAGCUACGAGCUCGAAGAAUCAUUUCGCGGCUGUUGAUAGCCGUCUAGACAACGAUGGGAAGAAGCCUAUGUGCAAGUCUGCUGAUGCGGAUCCGGACCACGGCACGAGCGACUAUGCGGAGAGUGUUGCGGCUAUGAGCAAGCGGUCUGUUCCUGCUGUGGGGUGGGUAUCUAGGAGUAGGCUGGCCCGUAGUCCGAGCACUAAGUGAGGAGUUGUUGAAAGAAUGAAGAUUCUUGUACACAGGUUAAGGUACUUCUUGUGCAGGGGAAUGUGGUCAUCCGGGAUGAUCGCCAAGAGACGAGGCAUAUAUAACGCCGCCCUAACUAUGAAUGGGGCAUCUCCUAGAUGUUGCG